AUGUCCAGCUACACACGGCAGCGGCGGCGGGGUGUGCCCCCACUAUCACAGACAUGGAGCCGCGUGGUUCCUGACAACUUUGGCUAUGGAAAGUGGAAAUGUACUAAACAAGGUCCAUCGGGAGCCCAUGAGACACACUUUGGAGGUGACAAACUUGAAGACCUUGAAAAAGCCAAUCCAUUCUCCUUCAAAGAGUAUUUGAAAACCAAGAACCUCAGCCUGUCAAACAAAGACAUGACCACCAGCCGAAUCUACCCGAAGGAAGCCUCAAGGCACCCACUGGGACUAAAGCACAGCUCCCCUGCCUCCAAGCCCAUGGGAUAUGGCCUAGAAUAUCAGCAGCCACUCUUUGAAGACCCAACAAGAGCCAGGAACUUAGCGGAGGAUGAAGAAGAUGGAUGGAAUAGAACCUAUCUGCCAUCUGCUGUGGGGCAGAUUCAUUCCUCUAGAGCCACACAGAACUUGUCACACCGUGGCACCUACCUUUCCUUUUUCUCCAACGCAUCAGAGCUGGCAGGUCCUGAGUCUUUGCCCCCGUGGACGCUGAGCGACCCUGACUCCAGGACCUCCCCAGCAUCUCCAGCUGGGAGUCCUAAUGCAGACUUUGCAGCUCAUGAAGACUCCCUAGGGCACAGACACCUGCGGACGUUGCAGAUAAGUUAUGAAGCACUGAAAGAUGAAAACUCUAAGCUCAGAAGAAAGCUAAAUGAGGUUCAGAGCUUCUCUGAAGCUCAAACAGAAAUGGUGAGGACACUCAAAUGGAAGUUGGAGGCAAAGAUGAUCAAGGAGAAGAGUGACUUCCAUGGCCCCAAGUCAGCAGUCCAACAAGUCAAACAGAACCUCGAACUGAUGACCAAACGGGCUGUAAAAGCAGAAAAUCAUGUCUUGAGGCUGAAACAGGAAAUAAAUUUGCUUCAGGCACAGCUCUCAAACUUGAGGCAAGAAAAUGAAGCCCUGCAAUCAAGCCAGGAUGCCAGCCUUACUGUAGUGAAGCAGAGCAUGGAUGUGGCCUUGCAGAAACUCCGUGUUGUCAUGCACAGUGCACAGGCAUCCAUAAAGCAGCUGGUGUCUGGAGGAGAGACACUGAACCUUGUUGCUGAACUCCUUAAGUCUAUUGACAAAAUUACUGAAGUUAAAGCUGAGGCGGACUCUUAA